UUAACUAGUUUGGAACGCUAAACUGAGUUCAAUUUUGGUUAUUUUUUUCACGUAUUUAGAUAUAAUGAAUUUAGGUCCUUAACAUGCCGCAUAGUCAAUCUGCCGUUUCGAAAGUUCAAAUUUUGCUCUCACGAUGGGAUAAAGGGUCCGCGUUGGUUCGUGGCGAGAUUUUAGUCGAGUUUUUGAAGAAUUGCGUCGGAAAAACUGGUCCAGAGUUAGAGCAAGAGUUUGGACAAGCUGCCAGCCUAUUUCUGACUAGAUUAACAGCAUGGUUAAGGCUUACUUAUAUGAUGGGAAGUUGUAUAGGGCUUCAGUUAAAAGCACUUCAUGUGUUUCUAACAGCAACUAGUGGGCAUCAUUUUAUGGCUGAGUUCAUUGAAGUUGGGGGAGUUCUAACUUUGCUGGAGAUAACUGGCUUAAAACAAUCCACAGAGUCAGAUAAAUGUGACGCCCUCAAACUAUUGAUUGUAAUUGCAAGUGCAGGAAGACAAUAUAAGGAACUGAUCUGUGAAAGUUACGGUAUUCGAUCAGUAGCUGAAUGUUUAGCGAAGUCAAAAUCAGAAGAUACUCAAGAUCAUGCACGAAUAUUGCUACAGUUGCUUGCACAAGGCAAUCCAAAGUAUGGACUUCAAGUCUACAAAGGUCUCAUUGCAUUGCUACCAUCCACGUCUCCUAAAGCUCAACAGAUGGCCCUUCAAAAUCUAAGGAUAGUACAACCCAUUGUUAAAUCUGCAAGUCCAAGUUUAGUGGAACCUCUUCUUAAUCUUCUUGCUACAGUUCAUCUGGAAGUUCAAUAUGAAGCAAUCGAAUUCAUCCGUGAGUUAAUGGAAUACGACAUACAGAGCCAACUGUUGGAAGGGUUGGUUCGUUCAUUAAGACCUACCAGGGAAGAAGUUCUGAAAUAUCAACCCAAGCUUGCAGAGGCGCUAGACGGCGCACCAGCGCUAUCAGGUCCGUUACCUACGUUUAUAAAGCAAGCAGCUGCCGCAAAAACGAUCGGUAUACUAUCACGUGAUUCGUCAGGCCUGGCUGAGCAUCUUCUGCGCAUGCGUGUAAUACAGCAGUUAAUGUACGCGAUGGGAAAUGUGGAUUACGCAGACACGCAGCGACAAGCAGCGUUAUCGUUAGAGUACUUGGUUCGCAUCUUCCCCUCUGUGAACGAAGCUGUGAAGCAUGCUAUGGGUGAACAACUGUAUGAGUUAUUUAUGACAAAUGCAGAGAACAUGUACAUGAGUUUGAACGCUGUACAAGCUGACGUUUUGGUCUCCAAUAAAGUCACUUCAUCCACAGCUGGUACGUCAUAAACUCAUCAGUGAUGUCAUAAGAACGAACCGUUAUUGAAAAUUCUAAUAAUAACAACGUCUAGUAAAGGUGGGGAAGAUGGGACACCUUUUUAUUCUUUUUUCGUCUCAUUUGGUGGUAGAAAAAGACCACUUAAAGAAUUAUAAAACCAUAUCCUCACGAUUCCCAUGCACCGUUGUACAUUUUUUAAAACAUCAUCAGGAUAUUUGAACCUAUGUGCUAAAUAUGUCCCAUCUUACCCCAAAGUUCUAUAAAAGUUACGUCACAUUUAGAAAUUUAAAAAUAAUAAAUAAAUUUUACCGCGCUUUUUAAAUAUUUUUAUCUUUAUUUGCAGCUGCGUGAACAGCGGCCGAGUUUUUGAAAGUUUUCUUGUUUAGCGUUUUCAUAACAUUGUAACAUUACUGUAAUAACUUUGGACGAAAUAAAUCCUAUUUUACGCGUUA